CGACCACAAAGAGGAACACGCUGCUCCUCGGAGCUGCCAACAGCGUCGUGCACCCCAGGGUGAGUGGUCACGAGGAGGAAGUGGGGCGUGGGCCAGAACAGGAAGUGCACGUCUCUCUUGAAGCAGCACUCGCUGAGAACCGGAGCCGGAGGAAGAGGCUCCAUGGCCGCGCUCAGAGGCCUUCAGGUGACUUCACUGCUGCUCCGGCUCACAGCAAUAACUGGAGCAACAUUCCUCUCCUCCAUCAUCAGAGCUGGAGAAGAAGUCACUUUGCCUUCUUCCCAUCUGAUAACAGAUCAGCACGGAUGUAAUGGUAGUACUUGGCUUUACAGUCGUUCAAGAUCACCAACAGUGCAGCUUUUUAUUCUUGGGAAGAUUAAACACGAUAAUAUUUACGAAGAUAAAUCCAACCGACUGAGAUUGACAGCAAACUGUUCUCUGGUCAUCAGAAAUGUAACGGAUAAAGAUUUUGGUGUUUACAUCCACAGACAGUUUAAUAAAGCAGGAGACCAACAAGGUCUAGAUGUUGAGGUGCUUCUGUCUGUUGUUUACAUGGAGGAACACCUGUCCUCUGAUUACGUCUCCCUGACCUGCUCUGUGUUGACCAACGACGACUGUAACCACAAAGCAGAGUGGCUGUACGCGGGCGACGCCCACGGCGUGCAGACAUCCAGGAGCAGCUGCUCGGCCUCCGUGACGUUUCCAGCUCCUCCUCUUCAUCAGAAGAAGCCUCCCGAGUUCCUGAGGUGUCGCGUCACGGACCGACAGAGCGGGCGCUCGCUGCUGUACGGCGUCUGCACCGCGUCCUGGUGUGAGAAAACAGGAGGCACAUCAGAGGGGGAAAACAAGACAUCGUCUGCAAACGUUUGGUGGAGGUUCAUCAUUUUGGGUUUGGCGACGCUCCUGGUGGUUGUUGUGGUGCUCUACACAUGGAAGAGAACUAGAGGCAGAGAAACACGGAUGGGCGUCAAUGCUGUGCAUCAUGAAGGUGAAGAUGAAGACGAAGGUGAAGGUGAAGGUGAAGGUACAGUGACCUAUGAAAACGUUGGCGAACCUUCUGCUUCUAUCAGAUUCCACUGAUCGACGACUUCAACAUCCACAAGUAUUUUCUCAGGCUUAUAAAACAACAUUUCUAUACACAGAAGUUUCUCAUUGCUCUUAAUAUAUUCUAUAUUUGACAUUCAGGACCUUAAUAUAUUAUCAAACAACUUACUGCUGUUUGAAGAUAUGGUGCAGUGAUGUCAUAGAUAUGCUCUGGUUCUCUUAUUUAGCAUAUUUUAGUUUUUUUAGUCUCUUUGUGUCCACAAUAAAUAAAUACAUUUUCAUUCAUAACACAGCUGUAAACAUGUUUGAUGUGAGUCCAAUAUGUUUUGCAUACCUUGUUGUGUUGGUUUGAAUGAGCUGUGAUGAGUUUUAAUAGAGUCUCUUUGUCAUGACUGAGAAUUAUAAAAACAUAAAGACUCGUGCAUCGUGUUUUGUAAAACUGUUAAGUGCAUUUUGCAGUAGAAAGUCAUGUAGAUAUAAUUGUUUACAUUCUGCACAUGGUUUGAUAUUUGCAAUAAUGUUAGUUUUUUUGUUUUGUUAGCUGAUUUAAUAUUAUUAUUCUAUUCUAUUUGUUGUAUAUUGUGCAUUUUACUUAUUAUUUUAUUCUAUUCGUUGUAUAUAUUGUGCAUUUUUCAUUUUAUAUAUUUUAUUGCUUACCUGUUGCGAAGAAAUGUCCCCUUGCGUAAUUAAUAAAGUAUCUAUCUAUCUAU